CGAAGACGGAAUAGAUGACUCGAUUUAAUUUAUGUGGACGUGAGAAACAACGAAGUGGUUUUUCUCCUAUUUUUGUGAGAACAAUUGAGUUUGAGACAAUGGGAAGGUACCGGUGGAACAGUUCCUAUUGGUCUGUCGUGUGAAUUGUGCGUCGGGCUGAGAUUGUUUGUAAUUUAUAUUAAUAUUUAAAGGGGGAUUGUGAGUGAGGGGUCAUCGAAUCAGUGGGAAAAUGGGAUUUAGGAUGAGAUUCACGACGCUACUGGGGAUUUUCGUUACGGUACAUCUACUGGCGAGUGCGGGGACCGCCACAGAGUCUUUGCAAGAGCCGCGCUUUGUACAGCAGCCGUCUGGGGUCAGCAACAUCUUGAUUGAGAAUCGAACCAAGAUUUUACAAUGUCAAGCUCGAGGAUAUCCACAGCCCAAGUAUCGAUGGUUCAAGGAUGGGGUUGCGUUGAGCAACGAGCUGACGUCAGAGCCCUUCUGGAGGAUCCAGAGCCCAAAGAGAAAAGACGCUGGUGUGUACUAUUGCGUUGCCACCAACGACGUUGGCUCGGUUUUCAGCGAACGUGUCACAUUCUCGGUUGCUUACAUGGGCAUUUUUGAAGAUCCAACAGAAAAGGUGGUAAGCGUGCAAUAUGGGGGAGCGGCAAUUCUCGAACUGCCAGAAAUCGAGAGCCACCCGGCCCCGGGCGUCACCUGGUCAACACCAGACGGUCAGAUUCCCUAUGACAUAAAAUACGCAAUGAGCGAGAGAAAACUGCUGAUCCUAAACGCUAACGAGAGGGAUGAGGGCUCCUACCGAGCACGAGCCAUGAACGCCCAGAUCGGGAAAGAAGAGUACUCUCCCCCAUUACAGCUGAAGGUCGAGGGUGACAACAACAUGGAGAUGCCUCCAGCCAUAAUCAUCGAGCCCAAAGACACGAAGAUCAUCAAGGAUCAGCCUGUCAGUUAUCUCGACUGCAUUGCGAACGCUCGAUCUCUUCACGAGCUCAAGAUCCUUUGGACGAAGGACGGAAUUCCAGUCGAGAAUGCGAGGAUAUCCUACAGCUUCAGUGAUCUGUGGAACAGAACUCUUGAACUUAUUUCAGCGAACUCAACUUAUUCCGGGGUUUACACAUGUCAUGUUCAUCUGAGAAGCAGUGGCUACCCUACGAUCAACGCCAGUGCGCAGGUUGAUGUCUUCGAAAAACCAACAUUUGUUAACGAAUUGAAGAGGGAGACUUAUGGAGAGUAUGGAUCUGCGGUGAAGAUCUCUUGUGAUGUUGUGGGAGUGCCCACGCCGAAGAUCGAGUGGUUCCACAAUGCCGAGUCUGUUGGGGAGUUGAUAGGGUCUAGAUUUCACAUCGACGAAGACGGAUCGCUAGUGAUAAAAAGGCUUACAAUGGAGUACGCCGGCAUGUUCCAGUGUUUGGCGUCGAACGAUGCGGGCGAGGUCUCGAGUUAUACUUGGCUCAAGGUCAAAACUUCAACUCCAAUCCUGGAGACCAGCCCCCGCAACCUGACGGUCCUAGACGGCAAGGACGCGACGAUAGUCUGCCGCGCAGUGGGUGCCCCAAUUCCAAACACCACCUGGGUCCUGAACGAAACAAUGCCCGUUGAAAUAGCAGGUAGGGUUCAGCUCCUGGAGACCGGUGAUCUCUCAAUCUCCGCAGUGAAACCGAACGACGCCGGCAAGUACACAUGCAUCCGCUCAAACGACGCCGGCUCUGUAAACGGUUCCGCGUAUUUAUCCGUCCAUGUUAGAACCCAGAUAAUCCGCCCUCCCAGUGACACCUCAGUCCUCCUCGGUCACACCGCCGAACUCCAAUGUAAAGUGUCAAACGACCCAAGCGUCCCCUACGACAUCGACUGGUUUCACAACUCCCAGUUGAUGAACACUCGUGCGAGCCCCAGAGUAAAAAUGCGAGAGGACGGCGCCCUCGAGAUCAUAGCCGUCCGGGCGUCUGAUGUGGGCGAAUACACGUGUUCCGUCAUUUCCCCGGGUGGCAACGAGACCCGAAGCGCUCGUCUAAGCGUCAUAGAACUUCCCUUUGCCCCUAUAAACGUAGUCGCGGAGAGGAUCGAGAAGAUAUCCCCACGCGCGAUAAACAUCUCGUGGGUCCCAGGGUUCGACGGCAACAGCCCUACGAAAAAAUUCGUGGUGGAGAGGCGAGUGGUCCCAGAAAUGGGACCCAUAGCAGACACCCUAUCGAAUUGGGUGGUGGAAGACGAUAACGUAUCAGCGCAGGUCAGGUGGUGUUUGCUGAAGGAUCUGAAAGCAGCAGCUGCUUAUCAGUUCCGAGUGACGGCUGUCAAUCUUGUUGGUGAGGGUCCUCCGUCGGAACCGAGUAAUAUCGUUACCCUCCCGCAAGAACCACCCUCCGGGCCACCUGUCGGUCUCGUCGGCUCUGCGCGAUCUGAUUCGGAAAUCAUAACUCAGUGGCAGCCGCCCCUCGAGGAACACCGGAAUGGUCACAUCCUCGGGUACAUCCUGAGGUACCGUUUACAUGGGUAUUACAACCAGAGCCCUUGGAUAAUUCAUAACAUCACUAAUGAGGCGCAGAAGAACUAUCUUAUCUCAGAUCUCAUCACUUGGAAAGAUUACAUAGUUCAGAUUGCCGCGUACAAUGAUAAGGGGGUGGGCGUCUUCACGGACGGUUUGAUUAUCAAAACGAAGGAAGGUGUACCCGAGGCACCGCCGACUAACGUCCGAGUUGAGGCUGUUAAUUCCACGUCAAUAGGGGUCUGGUGGAAGCCGCCGAACCCUCAGAAGAUCAACGGCAUCAACCAGGGCUACAAGAUCCAAGCCUGGACCGGGGGCAACUUCACGGAAAGCAAUGAAUACAGGUCCCUGAAGGUCCCUCCGAGUCUUUUCGAUCCUCUCGCUGAACAGAGUGCAGUCAUCAGUGGUCUUAAGAAGUACACCGUCUACAAUAUCACUGUUCUAUGCUUCACGGAUCCUGGAGACGGUGAACGCUCCAGUCCGAUCGAGAUUAGGACCAGUGAAGACGUCCCCGGGGAAGUCGAAAACCUUCAAUUCGAUGACAUUAGCGAUCGAGCUCUGACUGUUAGGUGGAGCCCACCAGCCGAGAUCAAUGGCAUACUCACCAGCUAUCAGCUGAAGUAUCAGAUAAAAGAUAACGCCGACUCCCUUCGAGUUCUCAAUUUCAGUUCUGAUACGUUAUCAAGUAAAGUGGAACAUCUGCAGCCAACGACGCACUAUCGCUUCGAAGUGAUAGCUUGGACGUCGAAGGGGCCGAGUAAACCGAGAGUCGCAACGAUACAGUCCGGGGUGGAGCCGGUGCUGCCGGAGCCGCCCCUGAAACUAGCUCUCUCCAACAUCGAUGCCUUCUCAGUUGUCUUACAGUUCACCCCGGGGUUCGAUGGGAAUUCCUCGAUCAUCGCUUGGACGGUGCAGGCGCAGACCCGACGGAACACCACCUGGUACAAUAUCUUCGAGGUGUCCGAUCCUGACGCGUCGACAAUAACCGUCGGAGGGUUGAUCCCCUUUAUGCAGUACAAACUAAGACUGAUCGCUAAUAACGUCGUGGGUGCUUCGAAACCAUCAGAACCAACCAAGGAAUUCCAGACAAUUCAAGCUCCCCCGUCCCAUCCCCCCAGGAACGUAACCGUCCGCGCGAUGAGUGCGACUGAACUCAGGGUUCGUUGGAUCCCCCUCCAGCAGAUCGAGUGGUACGGGAACCCCCGGGGGUACAAUGUCACUUACACCGAAGUCAGGACGAACAAGUCGAAGAGCAUUGCUAUUGAAGAUCACACAGCAAACUCUUACGUCCUCGAAGGGAUGGAAGAGUUCGCUCUUUACGAGAUCGUCAUGCAGGCGUACAACGACGUGGGCUCGUCAUCAUCGAGCCCCAAGGCCGUCGAGAGAACGAGAGAGGCGGUCCCCUCUGUUGGGCCUUCCAACAUCGAAGCUAAUGCCACGUCUUCUACCACUAUUCUUGUCAAGUGGGGGGAGGUGCCGGUUGUCCAUCAGAAUGGGCAGAUCGAGGGGUACAAGGUGUACUACGGAGCCAGUGGAUCAUCCUUUCAGUACAAGAACAUUCCGAAGAACACGACCUUCACGACAACUCUGACGGAACUGAGGAAGUUCGUUCAGUAUCACAUUCAGGUGCUGGCAUACACCAGACUUGGAGACGGGGCCCUCAGCAUUCCUCCGGUCAGGGUGCAGACGUUCGAGGACGUCCCGGGGCCACCGUCGAACGUCUCCUUUCCGGAUGUUAGCUUCAGCACAGCUAGGAUCAUCUGGGAUACCCCGGAGGAUCCGAACGGCGAGAUCCUAGCUUACAAAGUCCUCUUCCAUCUGAAUAGUAGUCAAGAAAGACAGUUCUCGAAGGAGUUCCAGGCUUCCGAUAGAACCUUCCAGGCGAAUGGCCUCGAGGCGGAAAAGUAUUACAUGUUUUCGGUGGCCGCACAGACCAGGUUAGGCUGGGGUAAAACAGCCUCCGGACUGGUACUGACGACGAAUAAUAGGGAGAGACCACAGCCACCCUCGAUGCCGCAGGUCAGCCGAUCGCAGGUGCAGAGCAGGCAGAUCACGUUCUCGUGGACUCCUGGACCUGACGGCUUUGCACCACUUCGUUAUUACACAGUCCAGAAGAGUGAGAACUCCGGGCCUUUCCUGACCAUACCCGAGAGGGUGGACCCCACGCUGACAUCUUACACCGCUAAUGACUUGAAACCCUUCACGUAUUAUCAGUUUAGGAUACAGGCGACUAAUGAUAUUGGACCCUCCGCGUGGAGUGCUGAGUCGGUUCAGGUCCAGACCCUUCCGGCUGCACCUGCCAGAGGUGUAUCUGGUCUCAGAGUCGUUCCGAUCACAACUACUAGCAUUGAAGUCCACUGGGACAUGAUUGAGGAGGUCCACUGGAGUGGAGACCACGAGACCGGAGGGUACCGUGUUGUCUACCAACCGGUGUCUGACUUUCCGACAGCUCUCGAAGCUACUCCGAAGCAGGAGAUCCUGGGGAUCAAGCAGACAAAGAUGAUCCUCAGCGAUCUGAUGGAGGACCGCAAUUACGAGAUCGUUGUUCUUCCUUUCAACUCUGAGGGCGACGGCCCAGCCAGUCCUCCAGUCACCGUCUAUGUCGGGGAGGCAGUUCCCACGGGUGAACCCCAGGGUGUCAAAGCCGAACCCAUCUCGGGGACUGAGGUGACGCUCCAGUGGAAGCCACCACUAGCCAGCAUGCAGAAUGGUGACCUCCUGGGGUACAAGAUUUUCUAUCUUGUGACGGAUUCCCCUCAGCCGUUAGAGAAGAAACAGGAGGAGGAGAUCGAGGUCGUCCCUGCUUCCUACCUCACGCAUAACCUCGUGUUCCUGGACAAGUACACUCAGUACAGGAUUCAGGUGCUGGCGUUCAACCCUGCUGGUGAUGGCCCUCGAUCACCACCAAUAACUGUGAGGACCAAGCAGGACUUGCCUGGGGCACCGACCAAUCUGCAGUUCUCGGAGAUCACGAUGACGAGUAUGAGGGUCUCCUGGGACCGUCCGAAGAUGAGGAAUGGGGAGAUUGUGGGGUACAUCGUGACGUAUGAGACUGCUGAGCAGAAUGACAAGUUCAGUAAGCAGGUCAAGCAGAAGGUGACUGAGACCAGUCUGCUUGUCCAGCCCCUGGAGGAGGAGGUGACGUACACAUUCAUGGUUCGAGCCUUGACCAUUGAUUUUGGACCACCGAUCUCUGGGAAUGUGACAACCGGACCCCAGGAGGGAUCACCCAUGGCACCGACCAAGCUGAGUGUUACCAAGACUCCGGUGUCUAGUGUCGAUCUGCAAUGGGUCAAUGGAGCCUCCGGGAAGGGACCCAUCCUCGGGUACUACAUCGAGACGAGACGGAAAGCCAUGGAAGAUUGGCGGAAGUACGACACCAGGUGGCAAACAAUAGUAAAAACGAGCAAUGGUCCUCUGAACGACUACUCCGUAUCCUAUCAGAAUCUCCUCCCAUCGACGUCGUACCUCUUCAGGGUGAUCUCUUACAACCGUUAUGGGAUAAGCUAUCCCGCCUACUCCUCCGAGACAGUGGUGACACCAUCAAAACUCUACUUUGAAUACGCCUACCUCCAGCACAAGCCCUUCUACAGGCAGACGUGGUUCAUGGUGACCCUGGCAGCCACGUCAAUUGUCAUCAUCAUCAUGGUGGUUGCGGUGCUCUGCGUGAAGAGCAAGAGUGACAAGUACAAGCAGGAGGCGCAGAAGACACUCGAGGAGUCGAUGGCCAUGGACAUUGAUGACAGACAGGCUUCAGAUCUGUCUCUGUACCGGACCCGGCCUUCUGGCGGGCCUCUAAAUAUCGGAGGGGGUUGCGGAACUCUGGGGAAGAGGAGCACACUUGGGAGGAAGUCCAUGCAUCCACCACCACCGCCCAUGCAUGGGAAGUCACCGCCGAGGCCGUCACCUGCAUCCGUUGCUUAUCACAGUGAUGAGGAGAGCUUGAAGGGGUAUGACGAGAAUCCUGAUGACUCCAGUGUUACGGAGAAACCGUCGGAAAUCAGUUCUACUGACUCUCAGGGCUCGGAGAGUGAGAACGAGAGCGUGCAAUCGGACCCUCACUCCUUCGUGAAUCACUAUGCCAACGUCAACGACUCCCUCCGCCAAUCCUGGAAGCGCCAGAAGCCAGUGCGAAACUACUCAUCGUACACGGACUCCGAGCCAGAGGGAAGUGCAGUUGUGAGUCUCAACGGUGGACAAAUAAUCAUGAACAACAUGGCGAGAUCGAGGGCCCCAUUACCCGGAUUCUCAUCAUUCGUAUGAUGAUCUCGGGGAUCUGCCACAAGCGUUAUUAUUGUGAUAUACAACCUUAACAUUAUACAAUUUAUUAAUUUAUAGUCGAUUCACUCGUCGAGAUCUCCGUAGCUUACGAAGAGGAGAAGAUUAUUUAGGAAAUACUAGAGGGGAAAAUGAAGGAAGAAAUAGGACUAUUUAGGACAAUUCAGGAAACCUUGGUGUAGUUUUUAAGUGAGGGCGUAAAGGGCUAAACGGCCCUAGAGUCAAAUCAUCUUGAGGGUCAAAAGACCCUAGACCAUUUCAGUCUUGACUCUGAAAGGCCUUAAGGCUCUUUUGUCCUUCAAUUGGCGACCAAGAGAAGGUCAGUAAACUUUUUUUUUCGUUGUUUCCGUUGAAGGUUGAUGUCAGUCGGUUGAAAGGGUCAAACGAUGUUGAGAGUUUGUGGAGAACCUUAGGACCAUUUGAUCUUCAAUUCCACACGUCCUUAAGGGUCAUCUAACCAUCAAAGACAGAACACCUUUUUUGUUGCUGUUACUUGAAGGACAAAUGGUUUUGAGGGUCAGAUGAUCCUCAAUGAUAUUCAAAUUUAAGGGUCAAAUGUUUGUAAAGGUCAAACGACCCUUGAAGAUGUAUAGGGUUAAGGGUCAAAUUACUAUUAAGGCAAUUUGAGCCUUUACCUGGAACAUUCUUAAGGAUUGUUUGACCCUCAAGACUAUUUUACUCUCAAUUCUGAACGUUCUUAGGGGGCUAUUUGACCCUCCACUACAAACAAUAAAAAGGUCAGAAAACGUCC